AGUAACCAAACACUCACAGCGCACAACCGCUGGAGCACAGCUGUGCGAACUUCGAGGGUUUUCCCGUGUCUCUGUUGUGAGAACAUGCUGAGGAAGACGAAGUUUUCUGCGAACCGACUGAGAGUUUGGCACUUGUGAAACUUUUUUGAUGCAACCGCUGUGGGAAGUCUAAGCGACUUUAAAUAUUUUUGGAUCUCCCGCUUCUCCAAAAGCUGCAACUUUCCAUCAUUCCUGGAAUUCUUCAUAUCCUCUCCAUCUGUCAGUCAUGGGCAGUAAGACACUCCCAGCACCCGUGCCCCUUCAUCCCUCUCUGCAGCUGGCGAACUAUUCCUUCCUUCAGACCUCCAAUGGGCUGCAGCUGCCUUCUGACCACAUGCCCAGCAUCUACAGUUUCAGUGCCCUCCAUGCCGUCCACCUACACCAGUGGACUCUGGGCUACCCGCCUUUCACUUUGCCGCGCUGUACCUUCUCCAAGCUGCCUGGUCUAGUGGAUGCCCGCUUUCCCCUACCCUCAAUCCCUCUGUUCCCCCACCUCAUCCAGCCUGGCAAGCAAGAGUCCCCUGGGCCCAUCUCUGGAGCAUCUUCCAAGAACAAACCCCGUUUUGACUUUGCCAACCUGGCAGCAGCCGCCACACAAGAUGACGCCCUGAAGGCGGAAGAUCUGAGCACUAAUGGUGGGCACAUGCGUUCGCCUUCAUUAGGAUGCCUACUAGAUGUGGCCAAGCUCUCCUCACCGGAAAGGAAGCCCAGCCGAGGACGACUCCCAUCCAAGACAAAAAAGGAGUUUGUGUGUAAGUUCUGCGGCCGCCACUUCACCAAGUCCUACAACCUGUUGAUCCACGAGCGCACACACACAGAUGAGCGGCCCUACACUUGUGACAUCUGUCAUAAGGCCUUCAGGAGGCAGGACCACUUGAGAGACCACAGGUACAUCCAUUCCAAAGAGAAACCAUUUAAAUGCCAAGAGUGUGGAAAGGGUUUCUGUCAGUCCAGAACUCUUGCUGUCCACAAAACAUUACACAUGCAGGUCAAGGAGCUUAAACCAGCUAAGAUAAAGUGAAGGCAUCUGCCUCAUCAAUAGGGAUGCUGUAAAACCAACCCUUUAGAGACACCAGCCAAUUACAUUGUCAUUCCAAGGCCACAGAGAGAACAUUUGUAGGGUCUUGGGCCUGUGCAAAUGGCUUAACACACCAAAGAUGGAUUAGGCCUGACAGAAGAGCAUACAGAAAUGGCACCAUUCUACAGUAUAACCUAUAUCCAUGAUGCCUUAAUAUUUGACUGAUACAACAGAACAGAGAACCUGGAUAGGAAGUCACGGAACUCAGCAGAAGCUAUAACAUGGAUAUAAGAAUAUCAAAUGUAUUUGUUUAGAAAAGAACAAAAAAGCAAGACGCAGCAAUUCAGAGCACCAACACCAAAGAGGACAGCUAUAGUGAGAUAUGUGAUUUUAGUCUGCACUGCUCCAUUCUGAAUAAUCUGUUGUUUUAUUUUUGUAAACAGUGAUUUUUUCCAUAUAUUGUUGACAUUAUUCUUGAUGAAGGCAGUUUCUUUGAAUUCUAUGCAGAACCCACAACAGUUCUUACAUUUAAAACCCAAAGUUUGGAGUGGUCAGCUCUUCUCUCCAAAGACUCAUUCAAAUCAUGUAAUUCCUCCUUUUGUACAGAUUCCCUUUUUUAUAACUGAUAUUUGGCACUUUAAUCUGAUUAUUGAUUAUUUACAUAUAUCACUGGAUUCUUAAACUUAUUUUUGAAAAUAAAUAGUCAUUUCCUUAUUAAA